AUGGCGUCAGUUGGCGUCAUGUGCGCCGCAUCCUCCUCCGCUCGGGCGCAGGCGGUCAGGCGCUUCCUCCUCCGCCAGCGGCCAGGCGCAUCUUCCCCUGCCGGGGCGCAGGCCCAUCUUCUUCCGCCGGGGCGUAGUGCAUCUUCCUCCCCUGGGAGCCAGCGCAUCUUCCUCCGCUCACCGGGAGCCGGCGCAUCCUCCUCCGCUGGGCCGCUGCGCAUCCACAUCCGUCGGGAGCCGCUGCCUGCUGCAGUGAACAUGGCUACUCAAGGGACUAGAAGUGAGGAGGCCUUGGACGCCGCAUCAAAUUAUGAUCCAAAGACUGAUCCAAAGCGCAAGCCGGGAAGGUCAAAUGAUCCUGGAUGGAAAUAUGCAUUUUGGCCGACUAUUGGUAAUAGAGAUCUCUUGCAGUGUUGCUUGUGUGAUAGAACUGUAACUGGAGGAAUUACAAGGCUCAAAGAGCAUCUUGUGGGUGGUUAUGGAGAUAUUCUGAAGUGUGCCAAAACCACACCAACUAUUGCUCAGGAGAUGCAAGCUGCUUUGAAGGGCAAGAAGAGACCACUUCUGCUUGAUGAUGAUGGAGAGCUUCAAGGAGAAGAUGAUGAUGUGCUUGAUGUGACAGAGGAGUCCCAAGAUGCUUCUAGAAGCAUUGUGCAUCUUAGUUCAGGGACAGCUGUCAAAAGGAAACAAUCCAGCUUUUUGAAGUUCAGAGCACCAAAAGAACCCAACACAAAGUCAGUCGGUUCAAUGAUUAGGAGAACUCCAAAAGAGGUUGUCGAAGAAAGACAUUCGAAGGGUCCUUCUCAGAUCAGUAUCCAAGCUAGCAUGAGGACAAAAGAAGAAAGAGAUGCUGUCAACUUGGAGUGGGCCAGGUUCUUUUAUGAGUGUGGCAUACCAUUCAAUGCCGCAAAUUCUAGGCAAUUUGAGAUUGCUAUAGAGGCCACUGCACAAUAUGGUUCUGGGUACAAGCCUCCUACCUACCAUGAGCUUAGGGAGCCAUUACUCGAGAAGGUCGUUAAGGAAACAGAUGAUUUGAGGAAGAGGCAUGAGGAUGCAUGGAAGCAAUAUGGUUGCGCAUUAAUGUCAGAUGGAUGGACGGAUAGGAGAGGGCACCAUUUGAUCAACUUCCUAGUCAAUAGUUCGGAGGGGACUUUCUUCUUAGAGUCGAUUGAUGCAUCAAGUGAAGUUCAUGAUCAAGUGAUGCUAGCUGAUUUGUUAGAGAAGAGAAUAAGCGACAUUGGCGUUGAUAAAGUUGUGCAAGUUGUCACUGACAAUGGGGCUAACUAUAAGGCAGCGGGCAAGCUUCUCAUGGAGAGGUUUCCUACACUUUAUUGGACACCUUGUGCUGCACAUUGCUUGGAUCUUAUGUUGGAAGAUGUUGGAAAGUUGAAGGCAUGGAAGACUUCUUAG